AUUGUGAUUGGUGGAGGAGGAAGAGGCUGCUUCCGGGUUGUGGCUGCUGAGGAACAGUAAUAAUAAAACACCUGUGCAGGUUUUUAAGAGGAAAACAUAAACCCAGAUUAAAGUGAAAGUAGUUUUUGAAGGAAGACGAUGGACGAAGGCACCGACCUGUCUGUGACCAUCGCUCACAUCGUGCAGCGGCUCAAAGGAAGUCACCUCCACUCCCAGAUAGAGAGACAAGCCAAAGAGUGUUUACAUCAGCCCGAGGUGAAGCUGGAGUCUCUCAAAGAAGACGUCCGCAGUUUCCUCAAAACCUCAGGCUGGGAAAGGAAGCUGCAGAAUGCUGUGUACAGGGAGCUGCAUGUCCAGCUGCCCCCGAGUCAUCCUGCGGCUCCUCCAGAGCAUCUCAAAGAGCCGCUGGCCUACAUGCGCAAGGCACAGGCCGGCUGGGAGAAGCGUGUCCUCAAAAGCCUGAACAGCAUGAGCACGGAGCUGGGGGUGCCUCUGGCCCGCAUGAGACCUGCAGUGGAGCAGAAGGAGCUCACUAACAAAUGGAACGAGAUGGGCACAGAUGAACCAGAUUUAAGCCGCUUCAGGCCCGUCUAUGCCCCCAAAGACUUCCUGGAGGUGUUAAUCAGCCUGCGGAACCCCAACCACGAUAGCAGCGAGGACGUCAGUGCCAGGAGCCACUGGGGCCUCAUCCAGGUUCCCCUCAAUGUCAGGGACAUCCCACAGCUGAGACAGGCCUACUCAGAGCUUAACCUGGCCACAGGGCAGUUGGGGAUUGACGACCACGCACAUGUUCCUCCAGACUUGUUUGAAAAUGACUACUUUCAAAUCGGGACAAAAGUGGUUCUGGAUCAGGACAGUGCAGCAGCGCAGCAGUACAGCAGACAGGGCUGCCCCACUGGGCUGCGGGCGGACCUGUGGGCCCUCAUCCUGAACUCAACCAACCAGCCGCCGGACGUGAUGCAUUAUGAGCAGCUGAAGGCGGGAGUCAUUCAAUACGACCUGCUGGUGGACAACCUUAUCUAUAAGGAUGUGAAGCUCACCGCCAGUAACGACGACUACUACUUUGUGUUUGAAGACUUCCUCUAUCAGGUGCUGCUGUGUUUCUCCCGGGACACGGCCGUGCUGGAGCACUUCAAACACAACAGUGCCACUCCUCCCAAAUCCUACAUCCAGGGGAAAGUGGGAGAUGAGGAGUGUGCUGUUGUUUAUCCUCCCAACGGUGUAAUCCCGUUCCACGGCUUUUCAAUGUACGUGGCCCCUUUGUGUUUCUUGUACAACGAGCCGUCCAAGCUCUACAGUGUAUUCAGGGAGAUGUACACCCGCUUCUUCUUCAGAUUACACUCCAUCUCCUCAUGUCCCUCGGGUAUCGUGUCUUUGUGCCUGCAGUUUGAGCGGCUGCUCCAGACCCACCUGCCUCAGCUCUUCUACCACCUGCGACAGAUUGGUGCACAGCCGCUGCGUAUCGCCUUUAAGUGGAUGGUGAGGGCCUUUUCUGGGUAUCUGUCUACUGACCAGCUGCUUCUUCUCUGGGAUCGAAUCCUGGGAUACGACUCACUGGAGGUCGUUGCAGUCCUCGCAGCUGCCGUGUUCGCCUUCCGGGCCGAGAACCUGAUGGAGGUGACGUCACUGGCCUCAGCUGAGGCCGUCCUCGCUGACCUUUCGACCCUGAAGGUUAUGCCGCUCAUCCAGAUCUCUCUGUUUGCCAGCGCCAUCUGAAGAGUGCUGACGAGUCGUGAUCCCUGUCUUAUUGUGAUGCCGCCAUGCAUGGGCGAGGCCGACCG